CCCGUUGUUUGGGCGCUGGGGGUAGCUUAGCAACCCGGCUUGGUGUGAGCGCACCAGCCGAACGCAGCAGGACCUGCAAUGCACUUCAGUACGCUGAUGACUGCACAGGAGGAUGCGAGAACACGACGACGAGUGCUUCACGGAGGACGAAAGCGUAGCCGAGCCCAGCUCGCUCAGCGCAAUGAGGUCGGGCUUUAAGGCACUGUACGACGAGCUCGAUAGGCUUGGUGAACAGGCCACACUUACGGUGGAGUCGAUCGAGCAGGAACGGGCCAGCGAGAAGGAAGCGCUCAACAAGGAAGACAUCGCCGAUUUGAUAAGGUACGCGCGUACCUUUAUCCGUGAAACGAGAAAAACCUUUGUAACGGUCGAUGAGCACGGUGUGCAGUGUGGGCCGGAAAGGCGCUCCAACAAGAAGGUUUCAACGCCGAAAGCUUGGAAGCAACCGAUUGUGGUUGAAAGGACGGUAGAACGGGAGGUACUUACGGUGUGUGAGAACCGGCGUCGAAGUGCUGUUACGGUGAUUCAACAAACCGUCCCGAGGGAUGAUGCCGGAGCCUUGUCCGAUGAUCCGGAAGUGGGCCGUGUUACGAUGUCAACAGCGGGCGAAAGAAGCAUUCAAACUGAACCGCUGAACAACACUGUUGCCGUGGAAACGCUGCCCGAGAUGCAGUCGGAAAAGUAUCCCGAUGCGGCGAAGGAUCAUACAGCACAUCUCGAAAACGUUGUCACUGAGCAGGUGGAGCAAGCGGAACCACCUCCUCAAGAACCGGAUAGUGUUGAGCCGGCUCUGGUGCAGGUAAACGGAGGAGAAGAAGAUUCCACAAUUCCAGAAAAAGAUAAAAAUCACAAUGAAGCAGUAGAGAAAUCAACGACUGAAGAAAAAGCGUCGGAUACAGAUGAAAAAGCGGGAGAAUCGCUUGGAUUUACAAGCCACAUCCUGCCGAGUUUGUCUAUCAAGGGACGUUGGGAUGCAAAUCUGAAGGUACAGCAAACGGGGAGCAUCGCAAUCGUUGAUCCAAGAGAUACGUCUUGUGACAAACUUCAAAAUGAUAAUGUGAAGUACGUUGAGUUGAAUCAGGGACUUCCGGUGAAACACUUAAACACAGACAUUCGGGAUGGAGCAGCUGAAGAUAUUAAGCAGGAUUUAGAAACUGAUAUUGCGCCGAAGCGUUCUAAAUUGCGUGUAGAAGUUGCAGAUAAACCGGGCGCACACUCAAACAGUGAGUCGGAGAAUACGGCAACAGAAGUAACAAGUUCUGGAGAGGAAGCUGGCGGUGGUCUGCCUAUGAUACGCAUCCCUAGAUCUGUCUGUAAGCUGACAAAACACAACAACAAGCCGAACAAAUAUUUAGAUCCAUUCGUUAGCAGGAAGCGCAAGGAAUAUUCUACCAAGAACCGGCCCGAGGUGUCGCUUGACAUUGUUGAUGAAGAUUCUAGCUGCUCCAGUACGGAAGAUGAUCAUGAAGAGGACGAUAUACGAGUGCUUUUAAAUUGGAAAGAUGAUCGCUCCAGUGAAACAUCGGACUCGGUAUCUCGGGAAGCGGUGCGUGAAAAGACACUCCCCACCAGCGUACAGUGUCAGCGAAGUUUGCUGGAAGUCUCGAGCAUUCCGGCACUUCGGAGUCCGGCGGAGUUAAGCCGGGCAGCGGUCGACGGUACCUCCGAAUCCGAUCAUGAUCCGACUUUCAGCGGACAGUCUUCGAGCAGGUUUCUGGAUAACUUGCGCAUCUGGAAGUCGGCCGUGGACAUACAGUCAAGGAAUAUGAAAAUGAGCAACGAACUGGCAGAAGAUCUCGCAGCUCUCAAGGACAAUUUGCAGAAGAUUGCAGAAGAAAGCGCAAAGGUAGUGAAAAUUGCUCAGAAUGUUAAAAGCAGCGUCUCGAAUGUGGUGGAGGAGUCCUACCCGGCUCAGUGUGUUCCGAUGCGUCCAGCAACAUCAGCAUCAUCCGCUCGGAGGUCCAAAUCGUGUGAAUGUUUCGGAUGUCAGCACACCUUCGAGGAGCGACCGGCAUCAUCACGUCCCGCCUUCUCGUCCCCGCCGUACGAUUACAAGAAAUUUCAGCGUACCGUAUUCGAAAGCAAUCCACGCUAUGCAAAAACGAUUCGUAAGAUUUGUGAAUUUGGUGGCCGUGAAAAAACACUGCCGGCGGCCCGUCCAGAGCGAGAUGAAAGCGUGAGAAAAGCAGCACAGAAAUUUUUACAAUCACUGCAAGGAAACACAAUAACGGAAAGGAGUUGUUGCAGUUCGCGAUCGUCUCCCGUGCUUCUGCGGUCUCCCUCAAAAAGCGUAUCGAGCAGAUCGGACGGUUUGCUGGGUACGGUCGACUACGACGGUCUGGUUAUUUCUGAAAAUGAGUAUGAUACAGAUUCGGAGGUGGCUUCGGUUUGUUCUUCUUCUACGUGUGACACGCCAUUUAGCGGCGAUACGAAAAGCAACGGAUCUUCUGCCGGCCAGAUUGGUACCAGCGAGGGAACGGAUUUGUCCUCGUUGACGUCCAAUUUUCAUGCUCAGUGUGAUCUGGGAGAAGUGUUGAGUCCUGGUGAAAUAAAGUAAAAUAUUUGUACACUGUUUUUUUCAUGGAAACAUUUUUGGGAAAACAUUUUAAAGCAAAUAAAACGACUAAACAACGAUUUUUAAA